AUGAGGAGGAGGAGGAGGAAGAGGAAAGCGAGCAAGAUGAAGAAAGCGUUCAAGAAGAUGACUCUUGUUGAAGGCAGAUGGAUUCAGAGGCUGAAGUAUCUUUAUCUUAACCAUCGCUACAGAGGAAAAGAAAAGGUAAUGAUUGUGAGGCAUUUUAGUCCUUUUCGUGGUCCCAGUAGAGCAUUGAAGUACAAGAAGUUGCGACAAGUUCAGCCUCGAAAGAUUAGUGUUGAUAUUCCAUCAUCCUUAGGAGCCGCUGUGGGUGAGCAUGCAUUACUGUUCAUAGGAGAAUGCUCUGAUUGGGUGAAGGAAAUGUGUCCGCUUAAUGUUGAGAAGUGGUCUGACAUGCCUGAAGACGUUAUAGAUCGCUUAUAUGGAAAAAUUAAGGCAAAAUUUGCGUUGGGUGAAGGUGCACACAUUACCGAUGCUUUAAAGACACAAUGUUCAAGCCUCUAUAGGCAUUGGAGAGAGAGAUUGAAGAGUGAUCAUUUUUCAAAAUGCAAAUCUCUAAAGGAGGCGGAACAUGCUUGCCCACAACGUAUUGAUCUUAACCAAUGGAAGUGGCUGGUUUAUAACUACUGGAGCACUCGCAAACAGAUGGAAAGAAGUGAAAAGAAUCGUGCAAAUGCACUUUCAAAGAAGAUACAAUCAGCUUGCGGGGCUAAAUCCACAGCUAGGAUUAUAUACGAGUUGGAGGUUGAGGCAGAGAAAGAGUCUAGUGCUGAGGCCGAGAAUGGGGAUGACUCUGAAGCAAAUACAUCUACUUCUACUACCGUAACACAAACAGAAGCUGAUAAUGACCCAAUGUAUUUGAAAUUGUGGAGAAAAACAAAACAGUAA